GUUAUCUUGUAGACGCAGAAAUAAAAAUAUAAUAAUUGUAUGUUUAAGACAAAUGUAUAUUUAUAAAGUUAUAUCUGUGCCAGGAAUCUAAUAUUAAUCACUCUACUAGAACUUUAAUAAAAGGAACAAAAUGAAUGGAACAUUAGCCAGUAAAAUUGAAUUUGUGGAAUUGUGCGGUAUAUUCGAGAAAAUCUCUAAAACUAGGAAAUCACAAAUAUCUAGGAAAGCUGAUAUUUUGGAGCAGUUCUUUGAGAAAUGUCGUAAUAUGGGUCGUGAAUUAAAAACUGAAUAUCCAGAUAUGGACGUUUCACUCUUUCCUAUAUUAAGAUUAAUCUUACCAGAUCUUGAACGAGAACGUGAGGCAUAUAAUUUAAAAGAAAAGUCUCUUGCCGAUCUUUAUAUUCGUAUAUUUUGUUUAGGGAAAAACAGUAAGGAUGCAAUUAAACUUAAACAGUACAAAAUUCCAACUGCAAAGAAUAUUACACGUUGCAAUUUUGCGGAUAAAGCUUAUCGGGUUUUACGAAAUCGUUUUGAACGUGAAGCUUCUCAUAUCACAAUAGAACAAAUCAAUUUUAUUCUCGAUAAUCUAUCGUUAAAAAGAAAUGAAACGUUCAAAGAUUUAUUAAAGAAAUCAAACGCAUUAGAGUUUAAAUGGAUAACACGAAUUAUUCUAAAAAGUUUGAAUCUUGAUAUUGGAACGAAAAAGAUAUUGCAAGUUUUUCAUUCAGAUGCAAAUUCAUUGUUUGAUGUAUCAUCUAAUUUGCGACAAAUUUGUGACACAUUAUAUGAUCCUCAAUUGAGAUAUCAUCAUGGUAUUCAAGUUUUUUCUCAUUUCAAGCCUAUGUUAUUAGAAGAAUGUCAAAUUGAAAAUGUAGAGAAACUUUUUAAUGGAAGAAAACAAUACUUUGUGCAAUGUAAAUAUGAUGGCGAACGAUCUCAAAUACAUAUGAAAGAUGGCAAAUAUAAGUAUUUUACAAGACAAGGAUAUGAUAUUACAAAUAAGCCUGGUUUUGGGGAAACUAGUUCUGCAGGUUUUAUGAGCGGUGUAUUUGGUCGAUUAUUAAAUCCUCAAGUAAAAUCAGUCAUUUUAGAUGGUGAAUUAAUGGGUUGGCAUAAAGAAAGGAAAUUGUUAGGCUCAAAGGGAAUGAACUAUGAUGUUAAGAAGCUCACAAAAGAUAGUCCUUACCAACAAUGUUUUGUUGCAUUUGAUAUUAUUAUGCAUAAUGAUAUUUUACUUAAUAAUGAACCUUAUGAAAAAAGACUUGAAAUUUUAAAAGAUGUAUUUAAAGAGGAAGAAGGUUGUCUUUUAUUAUGUAAAUCUACUAAAGUUUCUAGAAGCGAGGAAUUAUGUAAAAUAUUCAAUGAAAGUAUUAGGAAUAAAGAAGAAGGAAUUGUAGUAAAAAAAUGUGAUAGUAAAUAUAAACCAAAUGUACGAAAUGGUACUGAUUGUUAUAAAAUAAAAGCUGAGUAUUCUGAAGGUUUGGUACACGAUAUAGAUUUAAUUAUUCUCGGUGGUUAUUACGAUAGAAAACUUAUGGGUUUAGUAAAUAGCUUUUUAAUGGGUGUAGCUUCUACAAAACCUCCUGGUGAAAAUCCUACAAAAUUUUUAUCUGUAGUAUCAGUCAACAGUGGUUUAUCUAUGAAUACAUUGGAAGAACUUGGAAGAAUAUUUAAAGAUAAGUGGCAAACAGAACGACCUGAAAAUGUCGUGCCUCCCAAGGUUGAGCCAAAUUUAUGGAUUCGUCCUGAAAAUUCCAUCAUUUUGACCAUAAAAGCAUCGGAAAUGAUAUGUAGUAAUAAUUAUCCAACCGGAUACAGUUUACGAUUUCCUAGAGUUAUAGAUGUUAGAACUGAUAAACCGUGGUAUGACGUUUGUACAACUGAUAAUUUGAAAUUAUUAAUUAAGGAUACGCAACCAAUUCAGAAAUUAACAAAACGAGAAGUAUCUUAUGAAGAUAUAGAAGAAGCACGUGAAAGUAAAGUACGUAAGACAAAGAAACAACGUUCAAUAAAAUAUGAAGAGAAAUCAAUGAAACCAAACAUUGAUGACAAUCCACCGGUUCAUCUUACCCGACUUUUUGACGAUAAAGAAAUUUGCGUGAUAAAUGGCGUCGAUGAGUUACCUAAAGAAGAGAUUGAAGAAAUUCUUGUGCAACACAGAGCAAAUGUUGUACAAAACCCUUUAAAAGAAAAUUACUGUAUUAUUGUUGGUAACGUUAAAACGGUAAGAGCAAGUUGCAUCAUACAAAGUAAAAAGUAUGAUGUGGUAACAUUGGAUUGGUUUAGACGGGUUACCAAAAAAGAAAAUUGGUCGUCAUUACAAGACUUUUUACCAUGGGAUUUGAUAUGUAGUCGUGAAUCAACGAAACAACGAUUAGCACAAUAUUACGAUGAUUAUUAUGAUCACUAUACUAUAGAUGCUGACGAAGAGAGUUUAUUACGUUCGUUCAAAAAAGUCGAAGAUAUGGAGCAAAAUGUUAAACUUGAUUAUACAGAAAUGAAAAAAAUAGAUCAAGAAUUAUUUGAUAGUGAAAUAUCACCUUAUUCUCUAUUUCGUGGUAUCGUGGGAUAUUUUUAUGAUUCAUCAGAUUUAUCAAAAUUUGAAUUUCAUUUUAUGGGUGGUACUAUUAGAGAAACUAUUGACGAUUCUGUGACAAAUAUUUUUAUCAAUAAUAAUUCCACCGGUAUUGAACUGCAAAAUUUAAUUGACAAUAAAUCCCAGGCAUCGUUAACAAUUAUUAGAAGUGAAUGGAUCAGAGAGUGCUUUAAACAAAAUACAAUUAUUCCUUAUUCUGUAUACCUGGUCCAAUAAAUAUUGAUAGAUUAAGUGAUUUUCAGAUAUGUAUAUCUAUGUAAAUAAAAUCAAUUCAUUCAAAAAUAAA